AUGAUAAAGGACUUCGACAUAGUGGAGUGUCCAUUUCAGGCUGACAAAUGCGUGUUGCCUCUUGUCAAAACGGAUGCUGGGUAUGAAAUGAGGAUUUGCAAUAGACCUGAUGCUAAAAAGAUAGUUGCAACGAAGGACAAGAAAUGCAAGGGAUAUUUUCACUUGGAAAUAACUGAGGACAAAUGCAGAAUGGUCGGUUACACCGAGAACUUGUAUUCCUUUGUGACACCCGCUGACUUCUAUCUCCCGGUUCCUCAGGAGACAAAAGAGUUCUACUCGGAGAUCUACUCAAAAAUGGUCUAUGGGGACAUGGACCAGUGUAUGGAGAUUGCCAAGACGUUUGAUAAGUCCUACAGAGAUGAGGAAAUCCCCAUGUACCCCGUUCCAAUCAUCUCCACAGUUGAAAGCUUUGAAAACUAUAAUUUUAAAGACUUUAAGGGGGGGAAGGACAGGGCCGGAGACACAGUCCAUGUGGGGUAUGAGGACAGGAUUCCAGAAGGCCCAACCGAAGGACUGCCUGGAAGACUGGAAAAGCUGCAUGGAGCAGAUGUAAUGAGGCUGCAAGAGCAGCUUUUCAGCCAUGUGUUUUCCAUACAUCCAAUCCUGAGGAUAUCCAAUAUCAUAAGAAUGUUUAAGUCAGACGAAAGAGCAGCAGAGAUGGGAUUCAGCGACUGGAAGAUAAAGAAGUUUUUGCCCUUACAUGCAUACUUCAUUGACUCUGGGCCGUGGAGGGGAUGCUGGGCCAGGUUCGGGGUUGAUCCUAAGAGAGACCAGGGCAACUUCAGAUACCAAAUAUAUGACAGCCGCAAAUCUGGUAGGACCUUCCAGGUGUUUGAAGCCGAAAAUGUUGUGAAUGAGGUUGAGAGAAAUAGGUCCUGGUAUUUGACGGAUGAGCCCAACUUCCGGAUGGGGUUUCAUACGAAGGCUCUCCUGAACCUGCUGAGAUUUAGGUACGAACUAGAUUUCCAUCCCAAUGAAGAAGACGAGGAUGAAUUGGAGUUUGAGGUGUUCGAUUGA